CAUCCAUGGAGCUGGAGUCUGAAAGGCCUGAUCAGCAUUGACAGAUCCAGGGGAAGUGGGAGAAGGUGAUUUUGCUGUGAAAGCAUACUUAAGGUCAUGGGUCUUCACUUACAGACAGUUCAGACAGACAAAUCCAUAAUGUGAAGGCAAUGUUUAUGGGAAUCCUCGGGGAAUGGCGUCGUGAUUGGUUAGGUCAGGAUCAGUCUGAUUAAAACCGGAAAACAUCUGCUUUCUUAUAUACGAAUGAGAAAAAACUGUAAUUCGGAUUUUGCUUCAUCUUCUUGUUUCCAUCUUGCAACGAUGGAGAAUAAUGUAUUCAUCAGUACUAGAUGACUGUCCUUAGUUCUCCCAUUAUGGUAUAUUUGCCAAAUUAAAACAUCACUAAAAAUGUACUAUUUAGAAUAAUGGGAGGAGGUCAUUUAGAGAAAGGAAGUAUUUCACUUCACAUGUUUAUGAGUUUUGUUUUUCAUGUGUUGUAUAAUACAAAGAAAUAAAGAGAGAUUUUUCACAUUUAUUAAGAAAACCAUUCAUUCAUAGAAGGGGUCUCAGACGUCAGCAUUCGGUACAGGACAGGAGUCUUCAGAACGAACGCGUUGGCUCUUCCCAAUCUCUGUGUACCAUUUUAUAUCAAGGCAGAGAAAGAAAGAGAGGCUGGUGAAGAAGUUGCUGUGAAUAGCUGCUGUAAAUAAGCGAUUAAAGGAAGUAAAAACUGCAUUGUCAAACUGCAAUAAAAUAGCAAGACAAAAAAAAAGAGAGAAUUACGUUUCUUUCCUCCCAAAUCCUUUUAAUGCAUAAUUUAAUAGCUGCACAGAAAUAGUUUCUGCAGUGCCUUUUAGCGUAACCAUGCCUUUGGUUUUAAGUUCCUCCCACGGUGACCGACAGAGAAGUUUUCCAUUUAUGAUAUUUUUAGUUUUUCAGGGAUUUAGAACAGUGUUUUAACCCAAACCCAACUUCUCUGUUGGAGAGUUUUAAAAUUGGCUUGAGAAUGAUUGCAUGGCCACAUGGGUUUCAUGACAGCAGUGCUUUUGCCUUUUUUUAUGAGACUUUGAUAUCUGUGGAAAAUCUGAGCACAUCUCCCCUGUGACUGUGGUGAGACUGUAUCAGACUAUAUACAAGGUAUUAGUGGAGUUCAGGCUCUAACUGCUGAGCACAUGAUUUUAGUACUGAUUUUAGUUGUCCUUUAGGAUGAUUUCGCCACAACUCAACUACAUUAGGCAUGAUGGCAAAAUUAGAUAUAGGUACUCAACAAUACCUUAUGGUUUCACAUGUCCCAGUUCUAGACACCUACUGAUUUGUGGUCACUAAACCAGACCAGAGAUCAUAACAGACCUGAGGUUAAAUUAAUUUGCCUCCUAUAUUUAACGCUAACUAAGACUUUUCCUCCUCAUCCUUCUACAAAAACUGUCUUCUUUAAUGAAAGCAAAUCCAACAAGUAGUCAGAAUCCAACUGUGACAUGCCGGCUGCUUGAUUUGUUACGGCAUAUAAAGCUGGCGUGUCAGCCUGGUGAGUUUGUGUGUCAUUUCUAGAAAAUGUAGGAUGUUUCAGAAAGACCUUGUGAGCAUCUUCGGGCAUUAUGAGGAGACAUUGACUCAUUUCCUGGUUGAGUAAAUUAUACAGCAAGCGGCAAAUUAUAUGUGACAGGUGUUGACAAAGCAUGCAAGCCAGCAGGCCAGCCUAGUCAUUAUCUCACUGUAACCGAGAAACUACGGCCUGUUUUUCUUUCGUGUGCCGACCCUUUAAUAUCAUUACUUGAAGAAUGUCACCAUAGUACCAUAGCCAGUAGGGAAAACACUGGGUUCCUUUUAGCUGGAUUUGAUCUUUAAAUCAAUCUCUAAAACAUUUGGGUCUGAAUUUAGGCCAGAAACUUUUCAAAAGAUUUCAACUGAUGAGGCUCAACCUCUUUAACUUCAUGCCAAUGUUACUCUCCCUAUCUAACUUUAAUCAGCAACAUUUUCGACAGACGUUCUUAAUCUCAAGCCACUUAAUGCUGAUAAAAAAAAUAAAAUAAACCUGUCAAAUUGUGGUCUAUAGACCCUUUGACUGAGUCAACACUAACCGUACUGCUCAAAUCCGUUCCGAAAGCAUUUCCUGUGGCACCGUCUUUAAACGCCGAGCUGUAAAAACUGUUAGUGAUUUUACUUGUGCUUAUGAAUUUCCCCAACAACCAAAUAAAUAACACAAAUAGAAAAAAAGAACAAGUUCAUUACAAGUACGUCAUUACUACAUCCUUUUAACAAGAGACGAUGGGGGAAAAGUGGAUUCGUUUUAAACCGAUCACCUGCAUCAUUUCCUUGAUAAUGACCUAACAUAGAGCGAGACAGACAGACAGACAGACACAUAGAGAGAAACAGACAGACACGCACACACAGAGAGAGAGAGAGAGGUCAGAGACAGUGAAAAUCCCACUUCUCUUUGGUGACAUAGUGGAAAUGCCACACUCAGCUUAAAUAACAAUAGUGACUGAACAGCUAUCUGUGCUUUCGCUUGACUCGCACACUCCGCUCUACUGUGGCAUGGGACAGCGUGAUGAUGGAUACCAAAGUCAUCAAGUUUCUCUAUAGCAAAAAAUGCAAAGAGAUCCGGGCUCAGCUGAUAGAACAGCUCAAAUGUUUGGACCAACAGUGCGAGCUCCGGGUGCAGCUCCUUCAGGACCUGCAGGACUUCUUCCGCAAGAAGGCCGAGAUCGAAAUGGACUACUCGCGUAAUCUGGAGAAGCUGGCUGAGAGGUUCCUGACCAAGACGCGUAGCACCAAGGACCACCAGUUCAAGAAGGAGCAGAAUGUGUUGUCUCCGGUGAACUGCUGGAACCUGCUGCUGACUCAGGUGAAGCGUGAGAGUCGUGACCAUGCCACCCUCAGCGAUCUCUACCUCAAUAACAUCAUACCACGCUUUGCCCAGAUCAGCGAGGAUUCUGGACGCCUCUUUAAGAAGAGUAAAGAGGUGGGACUUCAGCUGCAGGAGGAUUUGAUGAAGGUCCUCAACGAGCUGUACACGGUAAUGAAGACGUACCACAUGUACAACGCGGACAGCAUCAAUGCCGAGAGCAAGCUGAAAGAGGCUGAGAAACAGGAAGAGAAGCAGAUGGGACGUGGGGUACGCCAGGAGGAGCGCCAAACACCACGCUCGCCUGACACGCUUGCCAGCGUCAGGCUUGACGACAAGCCUGUUCGCCGGAGCUCUGUGAAAAAGAUCGAGAAGAUGAAGGAGAAGCGCCAAGCCAAAUACACUGAGAACAAGCUGAAAGCCAUCAAGGCAAGGAACGAGUACCUGCUGGCUCUGGAGGCGACCAACUGCUGCGUGUUCAAGUACUACAUUCAUGACCUCUCCGACCUCAUUGACUGCUGUGACCUGGGCUACCAUGCCAGCUUGCACCGGGCUCUGCGUACCUACCUCUCUGCUGAGUUUAACGUGGAGACGUCCAAGCAUGGCGGCCUAGAGACGAUCGAGAGUGCAGCUGAGAACCUGGAGGCUCAGGCUGACAAACAGAGACUAAUGGAGACCUACAACAACAUCUUCUGCCCUCCCAUGCGCUUCGACUUCCAGUCUCAUAUGGGGGACCAGAUGGGCUACAUGUGUGCUCAGCAGCCACUGCAGGUAGAACUUCUGCAGAGGUGCCAGCAGCUCCAGUUUCGUCUUUCCACACUCAGGAUAGAGAAUGAGGAGGUGAAGAAGACCAUGGAGGCGACUCUGCAGACCAUCCAGGACAUGGUGACCAUCGAGGACUUUGAUGUGACUGACUGCUUUCACCAUAGCAACUCCAUGGAGUCAGUAAAGUCUACGGUGUCUGAAUCGUUCAUGAGCAAACCGAGCCUUGCCAAGAGACGAGCCAAUCAGCAGGAGACUGAGCAGUUCUACUUCACGAAACUGAAGGAGUUCCUAGAGGGCAGGAACCUCAUUACCAAACUGAAGGCCAAGCACAACCUUCUCCAGAAGACCCUGGGAGAGAGUCAAAAGACUGACUAUUGCCUUGCCAGUGGACGGAGGAACUCGACCGCGAGGACACAGGAAUCCGUUCAGGUCAUACCGCUGAUCGUAGAGAGCUGUAUUCGCUUCAUCAGCCGACAUGGCCUGCAUCAUGAGGGUAUCUUCCGAGUGUCUGGCUCUCAAGUGGAGGUCAAUGACAUUAAGAAUGCCUUUGAGAGGGGUGAGGAUCCUCUGGCCGGAGAUCAGAACGAUCACGACAUGGACUCCAUUGCCGGUGUACUUAAACUCUACUUCAGAGGCUUGGAACACGCUCUUUUUCCCAAGGAAGUCUUUCAUGACCUCAUGGCCUGUGUCUCCAUGGAGAACCUUCAGGAUCGAGCCGCUCACAUCCGCAAGGUCCUGCUGAAUCUUCCCACCAACACCCUGGUCAUCAUGCGAUACCUGUUUGCAUUCCUCAACCAUUUGUCCCAGUACAGUGAGGACAACAUGAUGGACCCCUAUAACCUGGCCAUCUGCUUUGGCCCCACACUCAUGUCUGUGCCUGAGGGUCAUGACCAGGUCUCUUGCCAGGCCCAUGUGAAUGAACUGAUCAAGACUAUCAUCAUCCACUAUGAGAGCAUCUUCCCCGGGCCACGUGAGCUCGAGGGCCCUGUGUAUCAGCGUGGAGGGGCCCCUGAAGAAUACUGUGAUAGUCCACACAGCGAGCCCCCUCUUGUGGACGAACCUGCACCUGAUACCGUCUCAGACAUGCAGAACAGUGACGAUGGCUCAUUGAACGUUUCAGACUCGGACCCCAUCGAGGCCAUUGCGCGCUUUGACUACUCAGGUCGUAACAACCGGGAGCUCUCGUUUAAAAAGGGCGCCUCGCUGCUGCUGUACCACCGUGCAUCUGACGACUGGUGGGAGGGACGACACAACUGCAUCGACGGUCUAGUGCCUCACCAGUACAUCAUGUUUCAGGAAAUCGCGGAUGGUGGCUACACAGGCCGAGGCAGUCCAAAAGCUGACCUAGAGGCACCUCAUGAGGGAAUAGAGGAGAAAGUGUCUACUAGAGGCAGUGCCAGCUCUCCCAUUGGAGGCCAUGUAGCUGAUAUCUAUCUGGCCAACCUUAACAAGAUGAGAAAGCGUCCAGAGGCGAGUUCAGUCCGCAGGACGUUCCGGCCGAUAGAAGGCACUGUCGAGGGCUCGUCUGUUCCCGCGGGGGGUCUGAGAAGCUCUUCAUUGUCCGCGGCUGCGCUGCCCAAAGAGAGUGCAGACAAGAGGCCGCUGAGCGCCCACAGCGUCCUCAACUCCAUCACCCGGCACUCAUCCCUCAAAGCCAAGGUGGAGAGCCCUCAGUUCCGCAGAGGCACCCCUGCAGGACGCUCCAAAAGUUUUAGUAACCAUCGACCUCUUGACCCUGAAGUGUUCUCGCAGAUUGAGCACAGCUCACAGGAAAUCCAGGUGACCAUGAGCACAGCGCUGAGCGAGCUGCACGACCUGGACAAGAAGAGCAGUGUGAAGCCAGCACCCGACGUGGUGCUCGACACUCUGGAGCAGCUGAAGAGUGGCGGAGCCUCCGAGCCGUCCAGCCCGCUCCACUCGCGCCCGCUUCAGCACCCGCUCCAGUGCCCUCUCCAGCGCAGCGCAAGCUCGGCCAGCGACGUGCCCUCCGCCUCACGCUCCAUUAAGGGCCCAGCACCUAAGAGCCCUCUGUCCUCAGGAACAACGACCACUGCACUCUCUCCUUCCACUUCCACUUUCCGAGACAACCGGCCGCCAGCCACCAGACCCAAACCUGCAGUCUUCCCUAAAAGUAGCAGCUCCAGCGGCACCACCAGUAUCCCUCCAUCUCCGCCACCACCUCCUCCAUCUACCGAUAAAUCUUGCCCGGCUUGAGAAAUCCAUCAAUCCUUUAUUGCUAUAUCGUGAUUCCAAAAUCCAGCCGGCUGUUUUUGAUCCUGUUAGUGGAGGGAUAAAUAACUAACCACUUUUUAUUCAUUCAUUAUGGACAGUAACCUCAAUUCUGAAAUGCAGUGUGUGGAUGUGAGUGUGUGUAUUGUCUGUGUGUGGUCCACAUGCACAUGGUGGGAUUUUUCAGCACUGUUUAAACCUGAGAAAAGAAUUCUGUCUGGGUUGUAAGCGUUCUCGAUCCCUCUUUAUAGUUAAAUCUAAGUUUAAUAAUAUUUUUUUUAAAUGGUUGUGUAUUGGAUUGGAUUAUUUUGGAAAAUAUGUAGCUGUGAAUAACUCUCAUGUCUCUCUCUCUCUCUCUCUCUCUUUCUCUCUCUCUCCUUUUUCUUUUUUUUUUUAACUCACUCUUGAGGGAGCUGCACUUGACGUGUGCCAUAAUGGAGACUGAAUUUUUUGCAAUACUCCUACAAUGAACUCCAUAGCAUUCCGCUGGGGGAAAAAAGUAUCUGUGUAUUUAUAUGCAGCUAUUUUUACGUACCGAAAUCGUGUCCGUGUUUUCGUCAGGAUAAGCGAUGUUGACUUCUAUACCCCCCCUUCUCUCAUUGGAUAUACCUGCAUUUGUAAUUCAGGAUCAAGCCUCAAGGUUUUCAGUAUAAAAGGUUUUCUGUAGGAAUUCUUCCAGCAUGGCAACCUCCUUUCUUAACGAUAACUGUUAUAGUAAAACCUUUUUCAACACUGAUCAGCAGUGAUGUAUAAAUUUUAGCCUGUUUGCCGUGAACUAUUAUUAAUCGUUUUUAUCCGCAAGCACCUGGAAAGCUCUCAGGACAAAAUAAAUAAAUAAAUAAAUAAAGAGUUGCAUUUCGGCUCAUUGUGCAAUGUAAAGGGCAGCACUGAGAGAUAAAGUCCAACUCUUUACCAGCUUUAUCUUUGCACCGACUUCAUUUUGUCUAUUUGAUUCAGUAGUAAACAGCUGGGUGGGACCUUGAUCUUUUUUCUUUUCCCCUCUAAAAAAAAAAAAAAAUGGAGGAGCUGCUUACUAAGUAUUGUUUUUUUUUUUGGGAUAAAAAAAUUGCGAGCUAAUAGUUACUCCUACAUUCAUUGCAAAAUCACAUGCCUGGGCAAAAGCGCCAAACAUCCACGUAUUGCUGAUGCAUGCAACUCAUCAGUGUCACGUCAACACCAAUCAGUCUGCAUGCUACAAAAGGUAUCGACGGCUCUGUAAACAAAAGGAUAGAAUCGAUCACAAGGGGAGAUAAGAAGCGUAAUCAAGUAUUAGGGUGAAAAAUAAGACAUGCAAUUCAUUUCUGUCCACAGAGCUUAUGUCUUGGUAAGCUGUUUUUGUUUUUUUGUUUUUUUGCCUUUAUACCUCACAACUUGACUCGAAUCCUGAAUCUAUCCAGUUUCUUGCAUGGUGCAUAAAGCAAAACUGUACUGCUUCUCAAACUCUUUCCAUUCUUAUAAGCAGCUUCACCAGCACUUCUUAACAACCUGCUCGUCACAUUCUUCUACGGUUUACUUCUCAAUAAUCAAACCUGAAUCAAACAUGACGUAAUCCAGAGAAACCGCGGCUAUUUCUGUGUGUUCUCUGUCUAUACCUGAAAUGAUUAAGAUUAUAACUGGAAAAAAAAAUACAAAAGUGAGGAAUGUCUUGUACACUUGGUGACGUGUUUUGAUGCAAAAAAUAUGGUUUCCUUCUGCCUUGCCUAAGUUUAUUUACAAUUCUCGUGGGUUGGUAUUUGACCUCGAGUUUGCAUCAUGUGUAUAAGUUGUUUAUCUGUAUACAGUAUGUUUCUAUGUAUGUUUCUAUGUAUGUAAAGUGUAAUCCAGCCUAAUAGUGGUUAUUAAUUCAUGCUUUAUACAGCGGAUUGGGAAAACUUUCAUCUCUUCACAGUAGUUUACUGUGGAUAUUAAGAUUUAUUAAAUAGCAGACAUUUUUAUUGGUCUUAAUAUGGAAUUAAAGAUGUUUGCAGGCUCCAGUCUGGGAGCAGGUUAAUCUCGGAGUUGUUAGAGAUCCUGUACACUUCAUACCCAGGCGCUUUGAUGGGUUGCAGCCCAAGAUUGGAUUUUUUGUGCUAAACCAGUCUUCUGCAUGUUUAGAUAUUUCGCAGCUCUCUAUCGACAUGUUUCCCCAGGCCAUUUUAUCUAUAAAAAAAUGAUCUGAGCCUCUUUUUGAGUUCAUAUAGUCUAUGUAUGCUUUUUAAGACUUUUUUUUUUUUUUAAACAAAUGCCUUGAAUUUACUAUGUACAAAACGUGAUGUGGUGGUCAGAAUGUAAAAAUAAUGUUGGGUAUGUUUUGAGUUUGGGAAGAAAAAAACAAGCAUGGGGCCAGUUGAUUUUUUUUUCUCUCCCCAGGGUCAUGAAGGCCUGCUAUUAAAAUCCUGACAAUAAUUAGAAACGACUGGAAACGUUUCAUUAAUCCCCCCCCCCCCUCCCCCAAUUAAAUAAAUAAAAAGGCAGAGAAUUUUUAAAGGUCAAUUCUUUCUAGGAAAACUUUUUUGAUUUUUUUUUUUUUUUUUUUUUUUUGUGUUGUCUUGCCGUUUUCUACAUACAUGUCUUAACAGGUGAUUAGGUAUAUGUCUGUGUGCUAUGAUCGGAAAUUUUCUCUGUUUUGUUCCUAAUACCUCAUAAGGCGACUGGAAACCACAUCGGAAUGGAACAAAAAGCAUUAACCUACAUAGGUCAUAAUUAACUCAUGCAAAGUGCUUGGUCUUAUUGUGUAACUUUCUUUCUGUGCAGUUGGCUGAAGUCUCAGUUUACAUGUAAUCUUUCUAUUUUCAAGUCUGCAAUUUUAAACUCGAUUCAUAUUAUGAACUUGAAUCUGCAUUGUAUGUUGGUGAACAGAUUGAGCGAGGGUUUGCUUUAUUUUUAUUUUUUUUUAAAUAGUAACUAUUGUUAAAUGUGUAUUUCCUGUCCAUUUUAAAUCAAGGCUGUAAACUGUCUUGUCAGAGAGGUAUUUAUAGUCGUCAAACUCAAGUAUCUGUUAAUGAGAGAAACCUGUGUCCAGAUGUACUUUGUAUAUACAAUGGUGUACAUUGCAGAGGUACAUUCUUUCUCUUUGGUUUUCUUUUUUUUUUUUUUGGAGGGAGGGAUUGGGUACAGGAUUGUACAGUAAUAGCAAUAGUAGUUUACUCUUAAAUACACCUUAUAUAAUUCCAUGCGUAGUUCUUGUAGUAAACAUUUUUUUUUUAAAUAAACCGCUUGCUAUACA